CUCCCCUUUGGCACUCGCGGCGUUGCAGCCAAAAACACGCAGUCGGGCAGUAAAUAGACAGCUGCCGCGGUCAAAACAUCUGAUGUGGCCAUAAAAUAUUUUUAAACUCCGGCAGUUCUUGCUAAAUUUUCGUGAUUAAAUUAAAGAAAAUGGCUUCAAAGUACAAGUCAGUUGUCGCUGGAGGUAUUGCCAUCGGCACUGCAGCAUUCGCAGGGAAUUUUUUACUGGCAGACGGUCAAAGCAGCAACAAAUCGGUUGUGUUAGCGUCAGAGGUGAAUUUGAAGAAGAAACUCCGCCGCUUUCCAACCAGAGCUGAGCAGCUGGAGUCUCUGAAAACGGAGGAAUUCGACGUUUUGGUCAUUGGCGGUGGUGCAACUGGUGCAGGAUGCGCUCUUGACGCUACUUCUAGAGGCUUAAAAACGGCUUUGGUGGAGGCUGAUGAUUUCAGCUCUGGCACCAGCAGCCGCAGCACCAAACUGAUCCAUGGUGGCGUCCGCUACCUGCAGAAGGCCCUCAUGGGUCUUGAUUAUCAGCAGUACAAGAUGGUCCGUGAGGCGCUGCAUGAGCGCGCCAAUUUUCUGGCCGUCGCUCCGCACCUCGCCGAGCCGCUGCCAAUCAUGCUCCCUGCAUAUGCUUGGUGGAAAGUGCCGUACUUUUGGUUUGGUAUGAAGAUGUACGACGUCCUAUCUUGGUCAAAGUGCGUGCGCAGCUCACACUACAUUUCGAAAGAAAUGGCUUUGGAAUAUUUCCCAAUGCUGAAGAAAGAGAAUCUGAGAGGCGCCAUCGUUUAUUAUGAUGGUCAAAUGAAUGACGCCAGAGUGAAUUUAGCACUGGUCCUGACGGCUACUCGUCACGGCGCCACAGUGGCCAACCACGUCCGAGUGACCAGUCUGCUGAAGGACGCCAACGGCAAAGUCUGCGGUGCUAGAAUGCGUGACGAGAUGAGUGGCGGAAAAGAGUGGGAGGUCAAAGCCAAAUGUGUCAUCAACGCCACAGGCCCCUUUACUGACGCCAUCAGAAAAAUGGAUGACCCCCAGGUCAAGGAAAUUUGCUCUCCCAGCUCUGGUGUUCACAUCGUCCUGCCAGAUUAUUACAGCCCAGCAAAAAUGGGUCUUUUGGACCCUGACACCAAGGACGACAGAUUUUUGUUCUUCCUUCCUUGGGAAAAGCACACAAUCGCCGGCACAACUGAUGAUCCUUGCAAGGUGUCUGAAAAUCCUGCGCCGACUGAGGAGGACGUGCAGUUUAUUUUGUCUGAAAUCAAACGAUACCUUAGCCCUGAUGUUGAAGUUCGUCGCGGUGAUGUUUUAUCUGCCUGGAGUGGCAUCCGUCCUUUGGUGUCCGAUCCCAACAAACCGAACACACAGUCCCUUGCACGGAACCACAUCGUCCAUGUUUCCAAAAGUGGACUGGUGACUAUUGCUGGCGGAAAGUGGACCACCUACAGGUCUAUGGCCGUAGACACUUUGGACGAGGCUGUUAAGUCUUGUGGAUUAAAACCAGAAUAUGUGAAAAGUCAGACGGACGGACUGUUUCUGGAAGGUGGACGUGGGUGGACACCUACCAUGUACAUCACCCUCGUCCAGGACUUUGGACUGGAAAGUGAGGUUGCCCAGCACCUGGCAAACACCUACGGCGAUCGUGCGUUUGCAGUGGCCAAGUUGGCGUCUAUGACCGGUCAGCGUUGGCCCAUCAUCGGCAAGCGUCUGCACCCCGACUUCCCAUACAUCGACGCCGAGGUGCGUUACGCUGUGAAGGAAUACGCGUGCACGGCGAUUGACGUGAUUGCCCGGCGCCUGCGACUUGCCUUCCUCAAUGUGCAGGCGGCCCAGGAGGCCCUGCCCAUGAUCAUUGACAUCAUGGGUGAGGAAUUAGGCUGGAGCGCCAAGGAAACAAAAGCCCAGUACGAGUCCGCGCUCACCUUCCUCAAUGAGCAAAUGGGCCAAGGCCUGAAUCGGGCCUGCAGACACUCCAACAUUCCGAUCAAACUAAGUUCAGAGGAGAGGAAGAUUUAUGAGAAGAAGUUCGCAUCUUUGGACUCUGGCAAAAAAGGGUACAUUUCCUUGAAUGAUGUCAGGAUGGCUUUAAGGAGGGCUGGUGAAGACAUUCCAGGAGAACAACUGCAUCAGAUUUUGAAAGCCAUAGAUGGAAAUACUAAUGGGCUAAUUGAACUUCAUGAAUACCUGCAGUUGAUGUCAGCCAUAAAAAACGGCGUUCUGCAGGAUCCAAGACUGGUAUCAAAUGAGAAAUAACUUUUUGAGAAAAUAGCUAAUAAAUACAAGAAAAUAAAAAUGUUUAAUUAUAAUUUAUAAUACUUUUUUUGUAAUUUUGUAGGAAUUUUCAUUUCAAAGAAAGAAAAAAACUAAAAAGAAAAAACAAUUUGACAAUGUUUUCUUUUUAAAUAAAAAGCAUUAUGUCUUGUGAUUACACAUCA